GAGACGCCGGGGGUCUCACUCGGGAGAGAGGAAAGGAAUCUACUGCUCGACUCCUUUUUUGGGGGAAAUUACGCCCUGUGUGUGUGUGUUGUUGUUUUUGCGCAUCGUGCAGAUGUAUUUGUGAAGUUGUGUCACACGGUUUUCGCGGAAUCUCUACGACUGACAUGCGUCGCUGGGAUGGCGCUGCGUUAUUGCAUGCGCACACUGCAGUGCUCUUUUUGGCUGUAACUUGAAAAAAAAAUAAGAGAGAGGAGAGAGGACGAUUCCUUGCGCCGCGGAGACAUGGAGAGGGAGUAAGGAUUGUUUCGCACCCUGACAUUUGGAAUUGGAAGUAAAUGACAUUCGCCCCGGUUCGGUCUCGCGGUCACAGACGCAGAACUGAGCCGGAUAGCGCAACCAGGACCGGGGAGAGUAGAGGGCAGGUGCGCUUUGGAGUCGGCGGCUGCGCGGAGACACCGGGCUCGCGGAUCAGGACGCUACCUGCCUGUGGAGAGCGCGUCAUGCGGACUCGGACGUCGCGCACCAGAAGCCAUUGAAACCUGUAGGCUGGAGCUGACAGAUACGCGGAUAUGGGCUCUGCUCUGCGGCAUCGCUGGCUAGUGGUCCAACUCCUGAUGCAGGUGUGGCUGGCGGCGAAUCCAUCUCUGAGUGAGCGCCCGUGCCCCAAAAGCUGCCGGUGCGAUGGGAAAAUUGUCUACUGUGAGUCAAGCGCAUUUCGUGAUGUUCCUAAGAACCUGUCGGGAGGCUGCGAGGGCCUGUCGCUACGCUACAACAGCCUCGCCAGUCUGCGAGCCGGCCAGUUCGUGGGGCUCAACCAUCUCAUCUGGCUCUACCUGGACCACAAUUACAUUGCCACUGUGGACGUGAUGGCCUUCCAAGGGGUCCGCAGGCUGAAGGAGUUGAUCCUGAGCUCCAACAAGAUCACGUCCCUCCACAACACCACAUUCCAUCCAGUCCCUAAUUUGCGUAACCUGGACCUGUCGUACAACAAACUGCAGGCCCUGCAGCCUGGGCAGUUUCAGGGCCUGAGGAAGCUUCUCAGCCUCCACAUACGCUCAAACUCUCUGAAAACUGUCCCAGUGCGUCUGUUUCAGGAUUGCAGAAAUCUUGAGUUCCUGGACCUGGGCUACAACCGCCUGCGCAGUAUCACUCGGAAUGCAUUAUCAGGCCUGGUCAAGCUCACUGAGCUGCAUCUGGAGCAUAACCAGUUCUCAAAAAUCAAUUUCUCUCACUUUCCCCGCCUCUACAAUCUUCGGGCUCUUUAUCUGCAGUGGAAUCGCAUUCGCUCGAUGAGCCAGGGCCUGACUUGGACCUGGGCCUCCAUCCAGAAGCUGGAUUUGUCUGGGAACGAUCUGACGGAGGUGGAUGCUGUGGUUUACCAAUGUCUACCCAACCUGCAGACGCUGAACCUGGACUCGAACAAGCUGACCAAUGUUUCCCAGGAGGUGGCUGAUGCCUGGAUCUCUUUGACUACGAUUAGUUUAGCUGGGAAUGUAUGGGACUGUGGCCCCGCCAUCUGCCCCCUGGUGGGCUGGCUGAGAAAAUUCAGAGGCGCAAAGGAGACCACCAUGAUCUGCGCCUCUCCCAAGAAAGCCCAGGGCGAGAAAGUGAUGGAUGCUAUUGACGCUUUUGGUGUUUGUCAAUCAAACCUGGGGACCACACUCUCUGAGAGUAUCGCCCCAACCCCGUCCAAUGUCCCGAUGCAGACUGACCGUCGCCCGGCCAUUCUUGCCUCACCCACUGGAUCUGGAAAGAGAGGAGAUGGCUCUGUUAGGGGCUCCACCUCCUCGGCGGUGACACCACCUGUGGCUCUUCCCCCAGAGCAAGACAUGGAGCCCGUGUCCUUCCAUAAGAUCGUGGCGGGGAGUGUUGCCCUUUUUCUAUCCGUGGCGAUGAUCCUGUUGGUGAUCUACGUGUCUUGGAAGCGCUACCCGAGCAGCGUCAAGCAGCUGCAGGAGCAUUCGGCAGCCGCCCGCAAGCGCCGCAAGAAGGCCAGGGAGACGGAGCGCACCCUGAGCUCUCCACUGCAGGAGUACUAUGUGGACUACAAGCCCACCAAUUCUGAGGCCAUGGAUGUGCUUGUCAAUGGGACAGGACCCUGCACCUAUACUAUCUCAGGCUCCCGAGAAUGCGAGGUCCCCCACCAGAUGGGUGCACUGACCUUCUACCGCUACGAGCAGCCCAUUGUCGACUACUGCCAGGCCCACCAACCCCUGCGGCUCAACAUGGGCUACGAGGGGCCCCCACAGGGCCUGGACGACCUGGGGCCUCGUGAUAGGGGCACCAUACAGACAGUGGCCCUGCCCGCUGUGCCCUCCGCUGCCAGCAUAGGCGCCCCUAUGCCAGGGCCUCGCUCCCCUCCGCUGCCCCUCAGACCCCCGACCGAGGGCCCCGGUGGCGGUGGGCCCUUCCCCCCCGGCGAGCGCACCGGCACGCUCAAAUUCGGACGCUAGCGAGCCGAGCCUGGUUGUUAGAAACGGGGGCAAGGGGCCUUUUAAUAACCCUGACUUUGAGAUGAAGGGGCAGGUGAGCUGGUUGAUUCAGUGGGGGCCUUGUUUUCAGAACAUGACUAGAGGAAAAAAAAAAUUAAAAAAAAAAUGAAGUAUAUCACAUUCUGCCUGGAGGGGGUUUGCCAUCAGAAACACGCCGACUCACCGGAACACAGUCGAGGUCGAGACAACACCGCUGAUCAUUUUCUUUUGGUUUUGUUGUUUUUCCGAAAAGCACCUUAAUGGAAACGUAUCACCACCAACUGAACGGGAGGGGAUCUGGAAUGUGACAAAAACGGUUUCACCUGGUUUCAGAUAUCCGGUCUUUGCCGAGUCGGCCUCACGGGGCUCCUGCUCAGUCCACCGGCGCCGAGGCAGGAGGGGAAAAGGGAAAGUGCAAUAAACACGAGUUUUCAGUCAUAAAAACAAAACAUAAAAAGACAGUGAACGUGGUGUGAAGAGCAGGCGGCUUCCAGCUGUGAUUAUUUUUACUUUUUAUAGCCGGUAGUCGUUCACACAAAAAAGAAAUCAAUGUCUUUUAUUUUGCAGAGAUGAGUCACUUCCUUCAGACGAGUGACUUCACGCUGAACUCCAUUAAUGUGCAUGUCGAACCAAAGACUUUUACUUUUUCUGUUUUGUUAUCAUUUUUAAUGCACAUGUGCUACUUCAGCCGAGGGGCGUUCUUAAAACGUGACCGGGCCUCCGCCAACCUCAAAGCCACAAGUACAACCAAAACCUGCCGCUGGUCUCAGGCGGCCCGAGCUCGUCUGCACAGACAAACACAAACAAAGGUUGUUUUUGUUUUCUCAUGAUUACGUAUCGUCACUGAUCUCGACAGACACACACACAUCACAGCAUGACCCAUCACUUUCUCUUACACACGACACAGGGCCCUUUCCAGUUUCUUUUGUGUAUGAUUAUAUCCCAGCUGAGUUAUUCACUAUGCU